AUGGGACGAACGGAACCUUCACAGGGCCUUGCGCCGCCUAGUUUCCGUCGUGAUGCUAGGGCAAAGAAGGCAAAGGCUACCAUCAAUAAAGUCAUACCUGGCCUCUUAUCUGCUCAUCCCCGAGCCAAGCGGGGUGCAGAGGCGUCCGAGCUGAUGCUUGAGCCCCCGGCUCGCAAGAAGGACAAGGAGACUGUUGCGGACAAGGAGGCCUUUACAGCAACACAAAUGCAACAUGGGCCGCGCAUAACUCUUCGAGUAGCGGAUACCUUGACCGCGGCACGAUCUCUCCUUCAGAAAGAGACAACCGGGAAACUCGAUCUGAGCAAUAAGAAUGCCAAGGUUGCAAUCUUGAAUAUGGCAUCGCCACUGUCCCCGGGUGGCGGCUUUGUCAACGGGGCCAGCAGUCAGGAGGAAUCACUAUGUAUGAGGACUACUUUACUUUCAUCACUGAAAGAUGAGUUCUAUCGUUUACCUGAGCUCGGCGCUAUCUAUACGCCAGAUGUCUUGGUAUUCAGGGACGAGGAAGGCGCGGACCUGGAGAAAAGGGACCGUUGGUUCGUCGACUGCGUCAGUGCUGCGAUGCUACGUAUGCCGGAGACAGAAGUAGACGAGGACUCUGGCCGCGGACGGUAUGCCAGUGACAAGGACAGAGAUCUCAUUCUGCAAAAGAUGAGAACGGUCAUGCGUAUCUUCCAGGCCAAGGGAGCUAAGAGCGUUGUUCUCGGCGCCUGGGGAUGCGGCGCGUACGGAAACCCUGUUGGUGAAGUCGCGGCUGCUUGGAGAAAGGUUCUCCUUGGCGGCAGAAACAAAGGCAAGGGAAACAAGGAGAAUUGGAACGGCAUCCAAGAAGUCGUGUUCGCGAUCAAGGACGCUAGCUUAGCCGAUGGCUUCGAAGGGGCUUUUGGUUCGGGAUUGACACGGCAAGAGAGCCAGGAUGACUUGGAAGAGGAUCAUGGAAACGACGAUCUAGAAGCCCAGCGAAUGAAGGAACUUCAGGACAAGAUCCAAGAGCUGGAACUGCGAGCCGAGCAAGCCAGAACCCCUCAGCUGAAAUCUGGACUCGACGUAGUGCUUACCGGACUGAGAAGAGAGCUCGGGGAGCAAAGAGCAAGCUCCGAACAGGGCCCCAUCAGUCUCGCAGGCGACGAGGAAGGCCUUGACAGCUCAGAUAAUCAGUCUGAAGAGUCUGAUGACGAAGAUGACAGCGAUCCAGCUUGA